GGCAGAGUGGAGGGUGGCGAGCGAGAGGCGCUGAGGGGAGUGGAGAAGGCGCGUGUCUGGGCUUAGGGAGUGUUGAGCUGCUCCGCUCGCGAGCUGUGUGCAUCCGGUGUGCGUGUCUGCCGUGCCCCUGUACUGUGCCUGAUUAACUGUUCUGUGCCCUUGAAAGUUGCUGUACUGUGUGAGGAACCUGUCAUUAAACUAGAACUUAGUGUUGAACGUGUAUCCUUUGUGCCCUGCCCCGUUCCUGCUCCCCUCGGUGUUCUGUGUGGGCCGCUGUGAGUGACUGGUGCCCGUGUGGCUGUUCUGGUGGGGAUCACGCCGCCUGCCUGCCCGUGGAUGGUGUGUGGUAGGGGGGGUGGCGUAACACUUGGUGUCAAAGGAGUGGGAUAAGUGAACAGUGAAGCGCGCCGAGUGUCAUGGCGUCCCCCAGUGAUCGCCGUGAGGGUGAGGAGACGGGCAAGGCCGAGGCUGACCCGGGUGAGGUGAAGCCGGGCCAGAUGGAAUUGUUCGCUGCCAUGCUGGCCAGUAUGAGGCAGGAUUUGGAUCAGAGGGCAGACGAGAGGGCACGCGAGCAGGCUCGGAGGGCAGAAGAGAGGGCAGACGAGAGGGCUCGCGAGCAGGCUCAGAGGGCAGAAGAGAGGGCAGACGAGAGGGCUCGCGAGCAGGCUCAGAGGGCAGAAGAGAGGGCAGACGAGAGGGCUCGCGAGCAGGCUCAGAGGGCAGAAGAGAGGGCUCGCGAGCAGGCUCAGAGGGCAGAAGAGAGGGCAGACGAGCAGGCACGCCAUCUUGCCGAUAUCCUCCAGAGCAGUCUCUCGUCCCUGAAGGCGGAAACCCAGCAGUACACCGACAAGGCCUGCGACAGCGUUAAGAGUGAACUGCUGGGAGAGGUGCAGACUCUGAAAGGCGAGGUCCAGGGCCUGAGGGAGGAGGUGGAGGCGGAGAGGCGGCGGCGAGAGCUGGCAACGUCACGCGGGGAGGAACAAGAAGCGUCACGCGUGCUGGCGGCAAGCACCAGGGUGACGGACUUGCUGGGGUCCUCAUGGGGCCCCUGGCAAGAACCCCUGGGCCCUCGCAGCGUUGUGUCAGAGCCAGCAGCUGCCGCAGGAGGUUGGGGAGCCAUCGGAGCUGCCCCCUUGGGUCCAACUGGCGCCGGAGUCGGACCCACUCACCCCGCCUCUCUGCCGCCGUCACCGCCGCCCUCUCCAUGCCGGCCGGCUAACAGCCCACGUGCUCCGCUUUCCCCCCCAUCCAGCCCCUCGGCUUCCCGCCGUUCGGGGAGGCGCAAGCCGGCGGAGUAUGACGGGAAGGUGGCCUGGGAGGCCUAUGUUGCCCAGUUUGAGAUGCUAGCUGCUGCCCAGGGCUGGGACGAAGCUGAGAAGGCGCUGCAGUUGGCAACAGCGCUUCGGGGCCCAGCUGUGGAAGUGUUGGGGCACCUGCCGCCGGCCCAACGUGCCUCUUACGGGAGCAUGGCGGAGGCCCUGCGGCGUCGUUUCGGGCACCACCUUCAGGCCGAGGUGUACCGAGCUCGCCUGAAGAAGCGGACUCGGGAGCGCGGCGAGACACUGUCGCAGCUGGCGCAGGACGUGGAAGCGCUGGUCAGAAGGUCGUAUCCUGCUGCCCCGGAAGAGAUGAUCGUGGUGCUGGCCCGCGAUUUCUUUGUUGACGCUCUGCACGACCAGCAGCUGCAGAUUUACGUUAAGCAGGCGCACCCUGGGGACCUGCAGGUGGCGCUGGCGAGGGCCUUGGAAUUCGAGGCCUUCCUGAAGACGACCAGCGGCCUAGGGGCGGCCCCCCAGCCCGCUCGUGACCUCCGGGGCCGGAAGGCGAAGGUGGAGAAGAAGGCGACGUCGAGGAAGGCGAGCCCGGACGGUUUUCUCGGCUCGUGUUGGGGCUGUGGCAAGAAGGGGCACAUGCGCAGUCGUUGUCCGAGGGAGCGAAGGACGCGUUCCCUUGAUCGACUGAGUUCCGACGCCUUUCAGCCUUGCUGCAAGGACUGUGGCAAGUCUGGCCACCGUUCGAGCGCCUGCCCCAAGCCAAAGGAGGUAGUGCAGGCGGGAAACCCGGACAGGCUGGAGAAGGGGGCCGAAUCCCAGCCGUCAGUCCCCGGGCCCCGACUUGCGUAAGCUGCCGCCGGAUAACCAGUGCGAUGCAGGUGGAGGGCUCAGUGGACGGGAAGCCAUGCCGCCUGACAGUGGACACCGGGGCUGAGAAGACCUUGGUGCGGCCUGAUAUGCUGGCCGCCACGCGACUCCCAGACGCGCCACAGAGGCUGUGCGGCGUCACGGGGCACUGUGUGCAGCUCAAGGGCCCAGUGGAGGUUCGUAUCGGCGUAGGCAGCGCUGUGGAGCGGCUGCCGGUGUACGUCGCCGAUCUGGACGAGCCGUGUUUGCUGGGCCUCGACUACCUGACGCAGAGCAAGGCUUGUGUCGACCUCGGACGGAAGCUGGUGAGGGUACGCGGUCAAGACGUGCCUUU